AUGGUCGCGAAGAAAAAGACAGAAAAAAGCUCGCAAGCAAAAGGCCCAGAAGCCGAAGACAUCAUUGAACAAUACCUCAACACUCAAUAUAGACCCUUCGCGAUUAACGACAUAGUACAAAACCUUCACAACAAAAUAACUAAAACAAACGCCGUCAAAGCUUUGGAAAGCUUAGUUCAGCAAGAAAGAAUAACAUGUAAGAUGUUUGGCAAAAUUGCCAUAUAUGUUUGCAAUGAACAAGAUUUGAAACUUCCAGGAACAGUAUCAGAAUCGGAAGUAACUUACGAAGCGGCCACCGCGUUGCGGGAAGAGCUUGCCGAAAUAGAAAAAGACAGGAAUGCUCUAUCCGCCCAGUUACAGGAGCUUAUGAAAGAGCCCGCCAACGAUAAUUUGCUGGAAAUAAUCAGCAAACGUGAAGGCGAACUUUCUGCCAUAGAGCACAGUAUUACUGAUUUGAAAGCGAAUUGGAGACCUGAAAAUAAAAAUACCAUCGAUAUUAUAAAGGAUCAAGAGAAAAUAUUGACCAAGGAAACAACAAUCAGAAGGCGAAUUCUUCAGAACUCCGUUUCUCUUUUGAAAGAGGCGACCUGUGUUAGAAAUAUGAGUGAAUUUUUGGAAGAAAUUGGCGUUGAGCUUCCCAUUUGA